UGUCCCGGCGGCCGCAGGAUGCCCAGCCCCGCACCGCCGCCCGCCGCCCCCCGGGCCCGCGGAUUCGGUGCCUGCGCCGGGCUCCGAUAGGGAUGAAGCCGGAAUGAGGAGCUCUGUUGAAGAUGCACUGGACACCAGAGCAUGCCCAGCCCCUGAACCAGUGGCCAGAGCAGCACCUCGAUGUCUCUUCCACCACCUCCUCACCGGCCCACAAAUCUGACCUCUACCACAGCAGCCGGCAGCGCUUCAACUACGCCUGGGCCAACGACGACAUCUCCGCGCUGACGGCCUCCAACCUCCUCAAGAGGUAUGCGGAGAAGUACUCGGGGGUGCUGGACUCGCCCUAUGAGAGGCCGGUGCUGAACAGCUAUGGAGAUGGAGCCUUUGGGCCGCUCAAUGGGCAGAAAGGUGACGUGGAGCCCUGGCCGAUGCCGCACGGCUCGGACGGUGCCUACCCCCUGAACACCAUGCACGAUGGGCUGCCUGGCUCCAAGGGGGUUGUUCCUUCUGCCCCAGGAAAUGGGCCGGUAGGGCUUGGCAGCUCCCCUGUUGUCUGCGAGGUUGCUCGGGACCCCAUUUAUCCCACUAACUCGUGUGGGGGAGCCGCCGGCUCCAGCGGCCUUGGCUUGUCUCAGGAGUAUACCUCAGGCUACAGUGGCACCUACCUGCCAUCGGGCUACUGCAGCCAGCCCGCGACAGCACUUCCCCCUCCCCACCCGUCAACCCUGCACAGCUCAGGACUCUUGCAGCCCACGCACCCUUCCUCGGCGCUGGUCCCCAGCUACAGCUCCUCAGGACCCAUGUACAACUACGCUUCAGGCAGCUACGCGCCUCAGCCCGGCUACGGGGGGAUCCACCCUCCGCACCCGUCGGCCUCUUACCUGCCCUCGGGCAUUGCUGCACCCACCCCCAUCCCCCCGCCGCCCCCCUCCUCCCGGCCCCCGGGCAUCCCUGGUUAUAGCUACCAGAGCUCCAGCCUGCCCCCCCUCCCAGUGCCCCCCCUCAGCAGCGACUCGGGGGGCUCCCUGAAACGAAAGGCCUUUGAUAUCCCGGGGGGGGAGGACGAAGCUGAGGGCAGGUACAGGAAAUACAGCUACGAGCAACCAAAGUCCACCCCUGAGUCGCCAUACCAGAUGUCCGACAACGGCGAAUGUGGAGGCAACAGCUUCAGCCGAAGCACCGAGACCUCUCAGCUGCCCUUCAAGGCUGGGAAAAGGCCGACGGGAGCAGCGGCGACAGUGGCCUUGGAGGAGCAUGUAGGGAAGUACAACAGCCAGCCCAUGAAAGGCCUGGUCUCCCCUCCGUAUGGCGCCGGGGAAGCCCCUUUGAGGCCCGGGGAGAGCUUUGAGAAGUUCACCCCGCCUCUCGCCAAUGGCGAGCGUGCAGGUGGCGAGCAAGGUCAUGCCUUCACCCACGGGAUGCAGGCCAAGCCGCAGGGGUUCAGCAGCCAGCCUGUGGAAGAGCAGCUGAAAAACGUAGACCCCCUGAUACUAGAGCUGGUGAACAACAAAAUCGUCGACUGCAGCCCGCCCGUCCAAUGGACGGACAUUGCUGGCCAGGUCUCGGUCAAAGCCGCCAUCGAGGAAGAGCUGGUGUGGCCUAUCCUGAGGCCUGGGGCCUACACUGGGGAGAGCCGGCCACCCAGAGCCAUCCUACUGUUCGGGCCUCGUGGAGCAGGGAAAACCCUGCUGAGCAGGUGCAUCUCCACCCAGCUGGGCUCAACCUUCCUGAAUCUCAGCGGGACGGCCCUGCUUUCCAAGUGGAAGGGCGAGGCCGAGAAGAUCCUGCAGACGGUCUUCUUCGUGGCCAGCUGCCGUCAGCCAUCAGUGGUGCUCAUCUCCGAGGUGGAGUCCCUCCUCGUGGCCUGCGCUGGUGAAGAAGCCGCCCAGGCGAGCGGCCUCAAGACUCAGCUGCUUUCCUACUUGGACAACAUAGCUACCUCAGCCGAGCAGAAUGUCGUCGUCAUCGGGACGACCACCCGGCCCAGCACUGUGGACGAAGCCUCCCAGAGGAGGUUCACCAAGCGGUUCUACAUUUCCCCGCCCGACAGCAUCGCCCGGCGGCAGAUCCUCCACCACACCUUGGCCCAGCAGAACUACUGCCUCAGUGAACGGGAGAUGGCCUCCCUCGUGCAGCACACCGAGAGCUACUCGGGCAGCGAGCUCAUCCAGCUGUGCCAGCAGGCCGGCCCCACCAAACUCCACAGCCUGCCAGGCCAGCUGCAGCCCACCUCCUAUAAAGACUUCGAGAACGCCUUCUGUAAAGUCCGCCCCACCGUCUCCCAGAAGGAGCUGGACUUGUACAUGGAGUGGGACAAAAUGUACGGGUCCAGGCACUGACGGCGCGUGGAAGGGGUGGGCUGGGGGAGCCAAGCCCUCAGCCUCAGACUCCAGUGGCAUUUUUUUUGUUGAUGGUGUUGUUGGUUGUGUGCCAGCUUGACCUCUGAGUGGAAGAUUCGGGGGGAUUAUUUUGUAUUUGUUAAGAUCUAUUGCUCUGGAGUCUCUGGUCUAGCUCCAGCUGCUAAGGAUGGAAUCACAGCUCGCCCAUGAAUUCAGUCAGUGUCUUUUGUCUUUCUCCUAUGUCCAAGCUGAUCUGAAGGUGAAAUACUUGAUCCAAGAAAAGACCCGAACACAAACAAAUUCUUUUACAGGCUUUUUUAUGUCAUACUUGACUGAUUUUGUUUGUUUGUUUUUGUUUUUGGAAGUAGUCGCUCACUGAACUCAGGAUAAUCUAUUUAUUAUUCGUCUACUUUCCCGUUCAUCCGUUUUGAGACCAGCAACGUAAAGGAUGCAGCCAGGUGGAGAUGUGUUUGGUUUUAGCCUUCUCAUGCGUGAUACGACAGCUCUCUAGUCGAUUUACAGAGACCUGAUUUUUGUUGUUGUUGUUCCUAAUAGAAAUUUUUCAGCCAUCAUUUAACAAAACCAGCCCCCUUUGGCUGUGGCUCUGUGGGCAAUUUUUCUGUACUGAACUGUGCCAUACAAAGGACUUGUCCCCCGCACAAGUCAACAUCUUUUCAAGCCAUCAUGAGGAAUUUAUUAUUAGGAAUAAACGGCACAGGGAGAUGGGAGGAGGGAGGGAAGGUUUGAAGUAAAGAAAAAUGUAGAUUGUUUAAUAUACUAGACCUCAUUUUUAUUUUUGUAAUGUAUGUAGUAUUUUUUUGUUUUUUCUUUUUAACUACUCAGGAAAAAAAUUACCUCAGAAAAAACAAACAAACAAACAAACCCGAAUGUGUUUUUAAAAACUCUUUUAUCUUCUCAAGAAAGGGAAGGGGGGGAAAAGAUCUUAAGAGUUUGCCAAACUCAAUACAAAGCUGCAUUAUGUGUUUGCUUCCAAAAAAGGGUGACAGAAAGAAGAAAAAAACAAAACUUGAAGUUGUUACAAAGAUGAAAGCUGAAUGUAUUUCGGGUGCUUUUCACAAUAUAUUAUGCCAUAAUUUUAUUUUAUUUUUUUUUCCACAUUGUUAUUGUAGCGUUUGGUGGAGUAACGUGUCUUCAAAGGAAAAGAGAGUAUUAGUGCCGUAGUUUAAAAGCUGUUGCUAGUACCACUUUUUGGAUAAACCUACGGGGUAUGUUCCCAACUUUCUUGGUUUGCAAAGCUUGCUUCUCUGUUGUGCUCUCCACUUCCUCUUCUUGCAUCUCCCAGCUAGGGGCCCUUCCUGGGCUGCAGAAGUGAGCAUGUUUAUGUGUGGUCAAGACCCAACCAUGUUGUAAGAAGGUUUAUUUUGCCUUUGUGAACAGGAAAAACUAUGGUAGAGAACCAAGUUUUAACCUGCAAAGGCUUCUGCACUGUGCGUUUAAGGCCUUAUCUCCAGGAGAAAGCUGCACUGCUUUACUUAAGGGUGAGAUUUCAAACAGAUUUAAUGAAACCAGUGCAAACCUCUGUGUGGAUGCUCAUCUUUUUGUUUAAACCAGGCGUAUUUCGGUGUAGCCCAGAGUCAGUUAGGAGUUGGCAGAAGCUGAAACAAAACGAGCUGCCUUUAAACCAAACUAAGAGGUUUGCACCAGUUUAACUAAAUCAUUUUUAAAAAACAGCUGAAGUUAAACUAGUGCCGUUUGGUAGGUCUCAGCCCAUUUCUUACUGCCCAGUCCUGCACAUUGUGUUGCUGGCGUGUCAUGUUGCCCCGUGCAGAACAACAUGCCGAAUCAGGGACUUCGUUUGCAGGCAAGGCCCUCUCAAAACCCACCCCUACAGGAGCAGAGAGCAACGGCAGAGGGGUAAAGCUAAAUAUCUCGUGUGUCUUCCUGGCACUAGCUGUAACCCUCUGAGACCCGUGUGUGCAUCUGAAAUAAUGCAAGGCCCAGUCGCCUCAUGCAGAGGCUUUUCUGGUCUCGCAUUUUCCUUCCAUCUAGCGAAGAUGGGUAAAACAUGUUUUGUUAAGGGGGAAAAAAAGUAAGUUGAUAUAUCCAGCACAUUUGAGGUAGUUUUAUUUAACUAGUUAAAACUUAUUUAAAAUGCUUGGUUUUUUGGAUUUUUAAUUGAAUUCCAAUUUCCAUACAAAUGCAGCUAUUCGACAUUGGUGAGGCCUGAUCUGGAGUACUGUGUCCAGUUUUGGGCCCCACACUACAAGAAGGAUGUGGAUAAAUUGGAGAGAGUCCAGCGAAGGGCAACAAAAAUGAUUAGGGGUCUGGAACACAUGACUUCUGAGGAGAGGCUGAGGGAACUGGGAUUGUUUAGUCUGAAGAAGAGAAGAAUGAGGGGGGAUUUGAUAGCGCUUUCAACUACCUGAGAGGUGGUUCCAGAGAGGAUGGUUCCAGACUAUUCUCAGCGGUAGAAGAGGACAGGACAAGGAGUAAUGGUCUCAAGUUGCAGUGGGGGAGGUUUAGGUUGGAUAUUAGGAAAAACUUUUUCACUAGGAGGGUGGUGAAACACUGGAAUGCGUUACCUAGGGAGGUGGUGGAAUCUCCUUCCUUAGAAGUUUUUAAGGUCAGGCUUGACAAAGUCCUGGCUGGGAUGAUUUAGUUGGUGUUGGUCCUGCUGUGAGCAGGGGGCUGGACUAGAUGACCUCCUGAGGUCCCUUCCAACCCUGAUAUUCUAUGAUUCUAUGAUUCUAUGUCCCAGUCAGUGGUAGGGGAAGGCAGGGCAGUACCAUUGUGACCCCCUGGGAAUCAUACCCACUGGCCCAGUGGCAUUGCCACCAUUCCAGAACUAAGGGGUCCGAUCCCAACCCCACUGUAUUCUUCUUACCCGCGUGGAGAUUCGCAUCACCUCAGCCCCCGGCUGGCUCCCUGAGCUGCAUUUAUACGGCCUAUAAAAAACAAGCCAAGCACUUGAAAUACAAAAUGCCAAACCCCCAGGCACUUGAAGUACUACUGCGGGCACUGCCUGGUAAUAGAGUGUGAGCCCAUGGUUUGUGCUUAUCUAGGACACUAUAGCAAUGCUUAGCAGCCGAAGGGCUAGAGCUAAAAGGCCAAUGGAGAAUUAACGUCUAAUGCUGAGAACUGGCCACUUUGGGGCAGGGAAGAGGCACAGAGCAGGAUGAAGCAGGUUAGCAAGGGCAUUGGGAGAUUCUCUGGUCCUGAAUUUCGGUUACUCCCAUCCCUGCAUGUGUGGGAAGGUGGAGUUAAGGUGGAUUUAAGCCAGUUUUGCACUCCCCUGUGUUUUGUGGGCUUUCAGGGGCCAUCAUAUCCUCCAGUGUUAAACUGGAGGUACAGCAGCCUCAGGGGUGCUCUAACUUAUGCUUUAGUUCCCAUGGCCCCCUUUGGGCCAGGAGAAGCAGAGAAUAGUGGCAGUGUAGUCCAGGCACUCCCACUUCCUUAGUUAGAUCAUUUUGCUCUACUGGGGGGAAGGCAGCUGGGGGAAGCUAGCCAGGGUACCACAGUUGUUCCCUCCCUGGCUCUGUGUUCAUCACAGCCAUUCUCUUCUCACACCAGAUAAUGCCCCUGUGCCAGGUGCCAACACAUGGCUGCCUCUUAACUUCUUUCUCUAGGCAUGUUCUUAACAAAUCAUUUGGGAGGGAACAGACACCUUGGCUCAUGGUCUACAGGACUGCAAUCAUGCCCCUUAUCCCCACCAAAGCUUCGUUGGUGUUGCAUUUGAUAAAACCAGUUUCUUGAGAGGUUUUGCAUGCUAUAGUCUGUGAGCCAGGAACUCUGACUGCUCAGGGAGAGUGGAAGGGUGUUUGCAGGGGUGAGAUGAGGGAGCUGGAGCUGUUAAGGGGCUUGCUGCUUCUCUGUCCUGACUUUGGAGCCCAUGUGUCUCAUGAGAAGAUUCUGCUGCUAGCAUUGCAACGUUCCCCCCUUCACCCUACAACGAAUGAGGUUUUUGCACUCGCACCCAGAACAUGCGAUGUCCCUGCACAAACAUAUAACGGCCCAGUCCCCAACCCAAACUAUUUCUUGAAAUCCUCAAUUUGAGUAGCUGCCUGAAAAGGAAAUCUUUUUAAAAGGGGCAUCUGCAUUGUAAAGACUCACUAUGUAACUCAGUCUAACUGCACCAUCUCUGCCUCUGAUGGACCAGAGCAAGUAGCAGAAUAGCACUGAUGUGCUUGUGACAACCAGCGUUCAUUAGCUUUGUGCAGAUUUACUGUAUAACCAGACCAACCAUUUAAAACGAUGUAGGGCCCAAUUGAAAGCCCUUUUGAGUAAAUGGAACUAGAACCCUAUCCACUUCACUGAACUGUGGAUCAGAUCUUUGGAUGAUGAGUGCAAACAGGGCUCUGUUACUUUUUAUGGUGCAGAUGUUCCUUUUCACUUUCUGUAUCGAUCUCCACCUUCAUCUCAAUUUGCAAUAAUCAGAUUGACCCAGAAGCUGGAGAGGGAUAGCACUGUCCUUUAUUUGUUCUUCACUGUGCUGCAUUCCGCUGCCCUUUGCGGGCUGUGACAAGCAUUGCCACUUGAAAAGUGCCAUUGUCUCUUGUGGGGGCAGGUGUGCUGCGUUGGAUUGGAUUGUUUUCACUGCUCUCAUUCAUUCCUUCCCUCCUCCCUCUGCUUCCUCAGAUCCUAAUAUCUCACUUUCUUUCAGGGUCUUUCCACCAGCUCCUUUUGAGGCAUCUCCUUCUCCGGGUUGGAUUCGAGAACCUUGGCAGCUCUAACCAGUGCUCCGUCUCUCGGACAGCUGCUGCGUUUAACCAUUGAGAAAGCAGAAGCCCAGGCUAUUAAAGUAGCCUUACAUGAGUGUAUAAUUUAGGAGGCAAAUUAAAUAAGCUCUUCUCCAUUAUCUCUGAGGGCUUAGUAUAAAACACUGGAUGAGACCCAGGGCACUUUUCACACAGGGCUCAGUUUUUCUGCUUUUUCUCUCUAGGAUUCUUCAUUUGUUCUUUCGAAAUCAUGGAAAACAAAAGCCAGAAAGUGUUCAGCAGCUAGAGAGAGCUGCUUGCAGUGAGGUGUCCAAUGGUGGCACUUACUGGGCAACUCACUGCUGGAAUAUGUGCUUGCCACUCAGACCAGGAUAUAGUCCCUGAAAUAGCUGCACCUGACUCUUCUUGCUGAAGUUUGCCCAAGACACAGAGUUACAUUCUGUAUUAACCAAAAGUCCCCAGGUGUCAGGAAUCAACCCAUAUUCUCUAUGACCAGGGAUUCCCUGGGGCUGUUGCCCAGACUCAGCACUUCCCCUGUUAUAUAUGUUGGUGGUUUGGAAAUGGUCCUAGUUACAGUCCAUGUACAAUGGUUGAACAGCUGCUCACUGAAAGAAAAGGGGCAGCAAGACCAUACAUGCAGUAGGCUGCAGGAAUCGACCCUCUAAAAUUCUAGCCACUUGUUUUUCUUAAUGAUGGUAUCUGGCUCCAGCCAGACCCUCAUCCUUUUUCUGAUUUCCCACUGAGAAUUAAGAAUGGCUAGACUUGGCUCUCUUGGGGAAAGGAUUUCUGGUUGGUCUAUCUUCCCUUGAUUAGUAAUGCAUGAAAAUGAAUAAAGCAAAGGGGGAAGGAGUUGACUGACAGUGGAACCCUGAGGAGGGAGAGGAUUGAAAAGGUGCAGGGGAUUUUAAUUUUUUUUAAUUUAUCAAGUUUGACUGUGUUGGGCCAGUUUUCAAAACUUGGCCGCUAAAUUUAAGAGAUCCAAUGCCAUGGUCGGGCUCUCAGAUUGACACUCAGGCACCUAAGGCAUGUAUUUGGGCACCUGACUGCUGGUUUGAAUGGCUGGGGGACAAAUUGGGUGUCCAGCGUUAAAAGUGGGGUAUGGACAACAUCAGUUGGUAAGGGGAGGGUGUAUACGUGAGAGACAUUGGAUAAACUGGUUGAAAUACAAUAAGAUAACAUGACCCAGACAAUUUUCAAAAGAUUUUUUUUAAAAAAUGUUUCUGUGUUCUUGUUUUAUAUGAAAUUGGAAGUACUAUACAAGAGGAACUGUUCUUUAUUUUUUGUCUAUUAAGAGGCAACAAGGAACCAAGACUUCUGGGCUCUGUUCCCUGAUGGUGUCAUGGGUUUACUGCACGACCUUGGAUUAGUUUUAUAACAUGCUCUGUGCCUCAGUUUGCCCAUCUGUAAAAUGGGGGAUAAUCCCACUCGCAGAGAUGAGGAAUCAGCAAAAAUCUCCCAAGAAAUAUAAAUGUCUCUGUGGUGUAAUUAGCAGCACGUUCCCUGAGUUGUACUCCAGGCUGGGACUUAAGGAGAUCCAGGAUAGUGGCAGCAAGCUGCACAAGCUGUGAGCUGAAGAGCCAGAGAGGACUGAAGGGUCUGUGUCCAGGACCUCAACAAAGAAUACCUUGUUAUGUUCAGUAUAGCCAAAGCCUCUCUAUUUCCUGCUGCAUGAGACAUCACAGGAGGAGGCUAUGUCCAAAUAUUAUGAUAUCUACAUGAACUUUUUCAGGUUCACCUGUGUACGUGUGUAUCUGCACAUUCACUUGAUAGUACCAUGAUCGCCUUUCUACAAAGUUGGCUCUUGGGGAUAUUUUUAAAAUGUACCUCCUUUUAGCAUCCUCCUUGCCCUCCCUCUCACCUUUCCUCCAAAAAGUGGUACUGGAUUUUUGAAGACUCUUUUUCUUAUUAUCAUAUUUGACUUUGUACAUCCUCUGUAACCAUUUCUACCUCAUUUUGCAACAUAUUGUACAUGAAAGUAUUUAAUUCAUGUCUUAUUAAUGUCUGAAAAGAAAUGCUUUUGAACUGUAAUGGUCUACCUCAAAAAAUACUGUAUUUUAAAAAGAAAAGUAUUA